UCUCUACACGCCAAACUCAACGCCAACCCACACGACACUUCCACCAUGACAGCCAAUGCGCCCACGCUGAUCAACCUCCCACCUCCGCCGUCGGGCGACGAGACGCCGGGCGACGCUCCGGGCACGCCCAAUUCCGUCACGACAACCAUGUCGGAGCUCUCGACCGUGGCCAUCAAGGACGGCCAUCGCGGCCACUUCCCCCACCAUCGCAAUCCCGCCGAAGCUGAGCGCGCCGACCGCAUCUCGCGGCUGGCCGGCCUGGAGCGUGUGGCCGUCUCUGGUCGCACGUCGCAAGGACUCAACCCGGGCAGCGCCGCCAAUCCGCCGCCCGCCUACUUUGACGCAAACAACCAGCCCCAGCUGUUCCGCGAGCGCAGCACCGUGGGCAGCGCCAGUGCCACGGGGUCUGUUGGCGGGCGCACAACGUGGGCCAGCGGCAGCGAUGUGUACGAGGCGGACCGCAUGAGCGAGGACCAGGACAUGGACACGUCGAGCAUGGGCGGCUUCAGCGACGAGGCUGCGUCUCUCGUCGGCUUUGGCGAGGGCGCGAGGACACCAGCCCGCCACAACAGUCAGCUCGGCAGCCCGGCCGUGGGCAAGGUGAGCGCAGUGCCUGGCUACAUGCGAGAUCAGGCUCCUCCCAGCCCAAUGUCCAACGUCACACAGGCCAUGUCGAGCACAGAGCAACAGAAGAAGGAAGCGCGAAUGCUGAACGGCCUGGCGUACGACGAGAGCAGUGGCGACACUGCCGCCGAUGCGCCAGCUGUCCGUGGCCGCGAUGGCGACUCGACAUCGGGUGACGCCAUCCGCGAGCGCAUGCAGCAGCGCCAGGCGGAUCAGGAGACGGCCGCGUCUGAGCAGCAAAAGAAUGCCUAGGCGGAGCAAAGACGGGCGGGUGUGUUUGCUGGGUUAUGAUUUCAGGGCGGAGUUUGGGAUGCUGUCAUAGUCACGGCAGGCGGUCUUGUCGAUGGGAUGUUUGUGAUUUCAACAUGGACGACGGCGCGUUGCCCAUGAGACUGCCAUGAGUACAAUGCAAGACGAUUAC